CUUCCUCCUCACACGCGCAGUGUGUGACGGUUGCACGAGGAGGAAGAGUUAUAACUGCGCGUGCGUGGUGUUGCUGGAGCGCAGAGUGAGAGCGACAGAGAAGAGAGGAGCCGGGGAGGGAUAAAGAGAGAGGUGACGGGCCGGACCAGCUGCGUUGCCCCCUCCUCUUGUGCUAAAGCCUGUUACUGCUGUUACGUUUGCCUCAUUUGUCUCAGUAUAUAGUAUGACGGAGUUGCAGUCGGCGCUUUUGCUGCGGAGGCAGCUUGCAGAGUUAAAUAAGAAUCCAGUGGAAGGUUUUUCAGCAGGCUUAAUAGAUGACAAUGACUUAUACCGAUGGGAAGUUCUAAUAAUCGGCCCACCUGACACAUUAUAUGAGGGUGGGGUUUUCAAGGCUCACCUCACCUUUCCAAGGGAUUAUCCUCUUCGGCCACCUAAAAUGAAAUUUAUCACAGAAAUAUGGCACCCAAAUGUUGAUAAGAAUGGAGAUGUAUGUAUUUCCAUUCUUCAUGAACCUGGUGAAGACAAAUAUGGCUAUGAGAAACCCGAAGAGCGCUGGCUUCCUAUCCAUACUGUGGAAACCAUAAUGAUCAGUGUAAUUUCCAUGCUAGCAGACCCUAAUGGAGACUCUCCAGCAAAUGUGGAUGCAGCGAAAGAGUGGCGAGAAGACCGUAAUGGAGAAUUCAAAAGAAAAGUUGCCCGCUGUGUAAGAAAAAGCCAAGAAACUGCUUUUGAGUGACAUUUAACCAGCAUCUAGUAGCUUCACAAUUUCAGGGUCUCCAUUUGAGAAACAAGGCACUGUUUUUCCUGCACUCUACCCACCUUUUGCUGGACCUUUUGUUGUAAUAAGUUGGCAAACACUGGCUGGCACUGGGUUGCAAUAAAACAUGCCAGUUACCAAUGCUGACAAGAGCCUAACAAGUGCCAACUUAAAGGUGAUCUCGCAUUUCAAAAUCGAAUGAACUGCUUUAAACUUCAGGAAGAAUUGUACAGACCUGUACAUAGCACAACAUGAUCCGGAUAAUAUAUAUACUGUUCAUGUACAUCCAUAAAUACACAUUGUACCAAAUAAUGAUUUCUUGUUGUUUAGGGUAAAAUUUAUGUAAAAAGUGGUGGGAAUGCAAAUAGGGAAGAUAAAAUAUGAAGGAGGGAAGGGAGUGGUUUGCAGGUGUAAUUUUCCUGUCUUCUCUCCAGCAGUCUUUAGAGAAAAAAACACAAAUAUCAUGAGAUUGAAAUCUGUUAAAUUGAAUGCUUCUAGUGUCUUUUUCAUGACAGGAGCUCUUGGGAUCUUUUGAAUCUUCCUUCUGGCCACUGUCCUCUCUAUGCAGAAAAGGCCACGUUGUUGUGUCAGUGGGCAAUACUGCAUUGACUUGUCUUUUAUUUAGCUCCAAGAAGUUUUAGAAAUACAGUUUGAGGAGCCUGUCACCCUUGUAUGUUGGGGUUUAAUCACAGGUGGGAUAUGCAAUUACAAUAAAACAACUUGUUAGCACUGCAUAGUGAACAAAGUACUAUAAAUAGACAUGUGUUUCUAACUAUAUAUAUAUAUAUAUAUAUAUAUAUAUAUAUAUAUAUAUAUAUAUAUAUAUAUAUAUAUAUAUAUAUAUAUAUAUAUAUAUAUAUAUAUAUAUAUAUAUAUAUAUAUAUAUAUAUAUAUAUAUAUAUAUAUAUAUAUAUAUAUAUAUAUAUAUAUAGGUUGCAUAAUGUCUACACUUUCUAUUUUGUUUGGUCACUGCAGGAAUUUGGUUACCUUUUAAGUGAUCAGCCACAUAUAACCCCUAAGGGGAGGAAACUCUGGUAAUUAAACUCCUGAAGUGCCUUAUUGCACCCUAAUAAAUCCUCAAAAUCCUCUCAGGUCAUGUGUGAAACUUGACUCCCAAAGGUGGAUAUGUCUAAACCUGUGUGCUGCUCAGCCUGGCUGUAGCAAAUGCUUACUUGCUACCACGAGCACCCAAAACCCUGCUGCUUUAAAGAACUGACCAGUGUACUUUAGUGAUUGCAUUUCCUCUACAAUCUUCUUCUUGGCUGCCUGGUAUGAAACUGAAAAAGGAAAGCAUGCAUAGGUAUUGGUUUCUCAAAGUAUCUUCAAGAUUUGACACAAUUCUGUUCCAGUCUCUUUUUAACCUUCUGUAUCCAAAAGUUUUUUUUUUUUCUGGUUUUUGUUCACUUCCUUACAUUAUUGUCAUCCUUCUUUUACCUUUUUAUCGUCCUAUUGCAGUUUUUCCUCACCUAAUGUACAAAGAGAAAAUUGCGAUGUAUAUUUUCAUGUAAUUUGAUUUUGGAAUUCUGUCACCUUAUGUAGUGCGUUCUUCCAAAAUAUAAUUUUUUUUCCAAUA